AUGGAAAAUGAAUCCUUAAAGUUGAGUAGAAAACAAGAACAAGCAGAGUUGUUGCAUCGUGUACUAGCUAGUACCGAUGAGGAUGCAAUGGAAGAGAAACUGCCAACUGAUCCUGAUGGCUUGGGCUUUUUAAACAGUCGUGUAGGCCCAUCAAGUGUUAUUCGUAAACCAAAUAAAAUGUCCAGCUUAUCAGGAGCAGACGAUGCUAUAUACGUGGAUACUAGUUCAUCAGCUGCUCGUAAAGAAAAACUGAAAGAAAGAUAUCCACUGUUUCGUUUAUUUAGAAGUUGAUAAUAGUCCAUUUAUGCACAGAUAUUUUCGCUUGUCUUUCAGAAGGACAGAAUCUGUCUGGGACAUAUUUUGCGUACAUCUUGUACAUAUCUUUUUCAUGUUAUUGUGACUUUUAUGUUCACUGUAAUUAUGACAUUCUUUCUUUUUUGCGUCUUAUAAAACGACGAGAUUGUACAC